AUGGGACAAUAUAGCUACAGCCAGCCGUCCUCAUCAUCAGAGGAGUUGGACAUAACGUCACUUCUCGAAGCUGAAGCUCAGCUGUACGCGGAUGAAGGUCAGAGUAGCUUCCAUAUGCCAGAGGCGGUUCAGUACCAACCUCAACCUGAGGCCGAUGAUGGAAUCCCGACGAUUUGCUACUGUGGGGCGGAGCUGGUUAUAGCAACCGCCUACACUGACAAAGAUCGAGGCCGAAUGUACUUCAGCUGCGUCAAUGCGGAUGAUGGAGACUGUCACAUCUGGAGGUGGUGGGAUGUUGCGAUCAUGGAGGAGAUGAGGGAGUUUCAGUCAAUGCUAAGGCGGCUUAAGGAAGAAGGUGAGAAGAGUGAGGAGAAGCAGCUACUGCUAGAGAAGAGUGUAGGUGAGCUAGGAAGGGAGAAUUCACGAGUUAAGCUAAUAGUGUGCCUAUUAGUUUUAAUAGGAUUGGUCUUCUUGAUUCUGCGUGGAGUAGCUUCAAAGGGUUCAAACGGGAGUGUUUUAACACUUGACUUCCUUAACUAA